CUUUACUUGUCAGUUGUCACCGUCCAGGUCGAAAUCUCCAUGGCUGUGGCUAAGCUCAACAGUGCACAUAAUUCAUUACCCUUCACCAUACAGAAAAGAGAGGAAGCAGAGAAAACGACUCCCUACGGUAUACGGUGUGGGGGUGACUCCGUCUCAGCGGGCGGCAGCUCUUCGGCGUCAUUCACCUUCGCCUAGUUUGUAAUUCCUCCUCGCAGCAGCUUGGCCGCGCUCCGUAAAUCGGAAGCAGGGGAGCUGUUUGAUUCCGGCGACUACCAAACCAUGACGUCAAUCACUUCCGUCGAAUUGAACUACCUCGUCUUCCGGUACCUUCAAGAGUCAGGUCAGUCGUGGUGUCCCCUUUUCUUUGAAUCCGGUUUCUCCUGAACAGAAUUAGAGAUUUUAUCUUCAUGGUAGACAUAAUUAGGGUUUCGGUUUCGAGGCAGAGGCUUUUGAGUUUUGAACCAUCGGUAAAUUAUGUUGCUUUUAGUUGGUAAUUGGUGUUUUCGUUCACGAGAGAGUGUUCUUAUCUUCGUUUCACUGGGGGGAGAAAGCAUGCAAGGCUUGCAGAUCUGUUAAAACUUCAUGUAGUUUUUUUUUUUUUGCUGCUUGGUAGGGUUGUUGUAGCGUUUGUUUAGGGUAUUUGGUCAUGUUUCGUUUAUUUAUGUUCUUUUGUCGGUGUCUUUAAGCGUCCAUUCGUUUGUUUAGAGCGCAGAAUGCAAAUUGUUUGUGAGCUUUUCACAAAAAACUGUGGAUGGUGUUCUGUGGCUACUUGAACCUUGAAUGCAGGAUACUAAGUAAUUGUAGCUAGUUAACUGUAGGGAAUUAGCACAAUGGAUGGCGUUUCUAGUACUGCAAUGACCUUGAAUGUAGGAUGCAAAGUUAUUGUAGUUAGUUCCUUUAAGGAAUGGCUAUAUUUGAUAGAGGAAGCCUGGAAACUUUGUCUUUCGACUUGCUUACCUGGACUGUUUGAAUGUGGAUUCUCAUGUUUUCUUGUUCAACAUUUGAAGUUAUUACAGAAGAUCAUCGAGUCAAGAGAUUCCUUUCCACAGACGAGAAUCUUCUCAUAACAGAGAUGUUAACAGAAUCUGUUUCGAAUGUUUGUUACUUUACACUUGCAGGUUUCACACAUUCAGCAUUUGCUUUAGGUUAUGAGGCGGGUAUUAACAAAUGCACCAUAGAUGGCAACAUGGUUCCUCCAGCUUCUCUUAUAACAUUUGUGCAAAAGGGAUUGCAGUACUUGGAGAUGGAAGCAAAUUUGAGUAAUAGUGAUGCUGACGUUGAAGAAGAUUUCUCAUUUCUGCAACCUUUGGAUCUAAUCACAAAAGAUGUCCGUGAGUUGCGGCAAAUGAUCAAAGAGAGGAAAAAAGGUCUGCAGAAGGACAGAGAUAAGAGAGAAAAAGAGAAGGAGAAGGAGAAGGAGAAAGAGAAAGAGAGAGAAAAGGAUAAGGAGACUGAGAAGGAGCAUGAAAGAGAACGCACACGUAUAAAAGAGAAGGACCGAAAGGAACGGGAAAAAGAGGUAGAAAAGGAUAGAGAGAGGAAUGAAAAAGUGAGAGAUCGAGAAAAGCAACUUGAAAAUAAUGCUGAAAGAGGGGCCAUUCCUGACCAAGAAGAGAAGACUGUUGUCAAACAAGAAGAAAAUGGAAUUACCGGAGGUGCGGAACCAGUGGAGAUAGCUGUUCCAUCAACAUCUCAGACAUGUGAAAUUAGUAGUUCCGAUGUGAUGAUAUUGGAAGGUCAUGCUUCGGAGGUUUGUGCCUGUGCAUGGAGUCCUACUGGAUCACUUCUCGCAUCAGGAUCUGGAGAUUCAACUGCACGUAUAUGGACUGUUGCGGAAGGGACUGCUAGAACUAGCAUGCAGAAUGGUCCGGCAAAUGUACUGGUCUUGAAGCAUGUAAAGGGGAGAACAAACGAGAAGAGUAAAGAUGUGACGACACUGGAUUGGAAUGGUGAGGGAACAUUACUUGCUACAGGUUCAUAUGAUGGGCAAGCCAGAAUAUGGAGUACGACCGGGGAGCUGAAAAGUACUCUAUCCAAACAUAAAGGACCUAUUUUCUCUCUAAAGUGGAACAAGAAGGGAGACUUCCUUCUAACUGGAAGCUGUGACAAAACGGCGAUAGUGUGGGAUGUGAAAGCUGAGGAAUGGCGGCAACAGUUUGAGUUCCACACAGGUCCUAUACUUGAUGUUGAUUGGCGCAACAAUGUUUCAUUUGCAACAAGCUCCACAGACAAUAUGAUAUAUGUAUGCAAAGUUGGAGAGACACGCCCAAUAAAGACAUUUGCUGGCCAUCAGGGUGAGGUUAAUUGUGUUAAGUGGGAUCCAGCAGGUCAGCUAUUGGCAUCUUGCUCUGACGACAUCAGUGCUAAGGUAUGGAGCAUGAAACAAGAGAAGUAUGUUUAUGAUCUAAGGGAACACACCAAGGAAAUAUAUACACUUCGAUGGAGUCCUACUGGACCUGGUACCAAUAAUCCUAACCAACAAUUGGUGCUGGCAAGGUAGGGUUUUUCAUUUUUGGAUGCGUUUCUUUAGGCUUUUUGAAUUUACCGAGCCGGAGAAAUAAGAAUGAAGUCUUUGGUGAAGUUCUUAUUAGGAAAGUAGUGUCAUUGAAGUUUUUUUUUUUUCUUCUUUCUGAUGGGUGUUGUUUGUCAAGUAAGAUUAUUAACAUUGAAAGGGAAUUCUUCUAAAACAAGGAAAAAGAGAAGGUAGAAUGAUCAAAACUGGAGUCCUUGUUUAAAAAUUCUGUGCCAUUGGGUUGAUACAAUUUAAAAAAACAUGAGGGGUUUAUGUGGCUAAAGUUAAAUGGGGAGAGUGUUUGAUUUGAGCGCAAAGGCUGCUUGCUUCUAAAAUAUGAGACCCUAAAAGUUGAGUUGCACCGAACACACUUAUAUGUCUUUAUACUUGGAUUUGAUGACCUUUGACUCGUUUCUAUUACCGAUAUGGUCCUGAUUAUAAUUUUGACCCUGUUUCUAGGUCGUUAGCAACUUCUUCUGUCCCUUUCAACCUGAUUUCUAUAUUUCUUUGUAUAAUGGAAUCUUGUGUGCUGCGUUAUCCACAGUGCAUCAUUCGACUCAACAGUGAAGUUGUGGGAUGUGGAGGUUGGGAAACUUAUCUCCACGUUGUGCGGACACAGGUAAUUUCUUUUCUUGUGAUGAACAGAAGUUUCCUUCCAGUCAUUCUGCAGCUGAAAAGUCUUUACGUCAUUGAUUUGGUUUCAAUUGUUCCUACACUGUGUUAUAGCAGUGCACAAGUAGAAUCCUUUGUUCAAAGUCUAGGGAAUUAUUUCCGCAAAAUUGUUGACCAUCUAUCCUCCGACUGUGUGCAGGGAUCCUGUCUAUUCCGUCGCGUUCAGCCCCAACGGAGAGUAUCUGGCGAGCGGCUCUCUUGACAGAUGCAUAAACGUCUGGUCGUUGAAGGACGGAAACAUCGUGAAGAAGUACACCGGCAACGGUGGAAUAUUUGAAGUAUGUUGGAACAAAGAAGGCGAUAAAAUCGCCGCUUGUUCCGCAAACAACACUGUUUGUGUCUUGGAUUUCAGAAUGUGAAAAACUGGAAGGCUCCGUCGCAACAAUGUGACAAUCCUUCUUGGGAUUGUGCUGAUGAGGGAAUUAGAUUUUUUACGCUUUGCUUGUAGCUGUAGUUGGCAAGGCAGCAGCUAACUGUGAUAAGUUUUGUAAGUAAAUUAAGAAGUCCUCUUUCAAUUGUGACUUGUGAGUAGGGACAUCCGUUCAAGACUAGUUUGCAUAGAAUAGCUAUUUAUGUACAAAGUUAACUGGCGUCGAUUUGUACCACUAUAGAAAAUGCUUGCCUCCAUCUUACAGUUCUGUCCUGCACUUGAAUUUUUUUUUUUGAAGCGGUUGGGAUUUCAUUUCAUCAAAUAGCCAAGUACAAUGCUGGCAACAACUCUGCCAGCUGAGCAAAGAGAGCAACAAGCCCCUGUACACAACAAAACCAGAUUAAUCAC